GAGGAGGUGGAGCUCAGGAGGGAACAGACCAGAGACACAACAGACGACUGAACUGUCGACACGGUCUGUUUGUUCCUCUCCAGUUCUCGGACUUGGGUCAAACUCUCGGCUCGUGCUCGUCAGUAGACAAUCGGAGAAUAAAGCUGAUCGAGUCCGAUGGUGUAUGUGGAAGAUUUCCCGAUGAUCGAAGUGUCGAUACCAUCGAUGGAGAAGGAAGUGGAUGAGUCGGGAAAGACCAAGAAGCGCUUCAGAGUGGAAGUCUUGUUUAAUGAGAGGAAACAUUAUGUGCUCAGAAGAAGCAGCGAAUUCCAGACUCUGCACAGAAAACUCAAGAAGAUCAUUCAGACUCCGGACUUCCCGAGCAAGAGGAACCCUCACCUGAGGACCAAACCUCCCGAGCAGAGGAUGCAGGAGCUGGAAGAUUAUGUCCAGGACAUCAUCUAUCAAAAUGAAGACGUGCCACAGGUGCUGCUGGACUUCCUCCACGUCCGACACUUUCAUACAGGAAACAAGAUCAGCAGUAUGGAAUCACUUGAUGAUCUGGACGGUCGGAAUUACAGUUAUUCAUUACCAUAUCAGCGAGUGUUGGGUUUUUUUGAGGAUCCUUAUAUCUCUGACCGCACAUCAGAUCUUCCAGACAUUGUUGGUGAUGGAGUUCUUCGUGGUUUUUACCCACGGGAUGUCCGGGUCAGCUUCACUGCCCCCACUUUCGCUGAGCCUGACUCUACUGCUUCCAUAGAGGCCUGAGAUCAUUACUGUAACAUUGCAGUUCAGGAAACAGAUAAAUGAAUAGGCCUCUGUUUACAACCAGCAGGACCAGUUUUCUUUGGCUCCAGUGGAACUGAAAGCCAUCACCCAGCCUUUGUUGUUGUGAUGCUCAACCCAUUGUGUUUUCAGCUGUUUGGGGAUCGCAUAUUUAAGAGGACAACCAGAAUGCGUCUUGAAAACUGGGCUGAAGAAAUCAGACUCGCAGUGUGUGUGUGUGUGUGUGUGUGUGUGUGUGUGUGUGUGUGUGUG